AGUAGGUGGGCGCAUCGGUUAGCCGCUGCCCGCCAGAGGGGCACGGUGCCGCCUUCUGCCUUUUCUUCACGUGGCGGCAACUGUUGGCUGCGGGAACAGUCCGGGUCCUUCCGGGUAGGUCUGGCCCGCAGGUCUCCGCAGAACUUAGAUACUAUAGAUCAUGAGUGGAAAACUUCCUGAAAGAAGAAAUUGUUGGAGAGAAAUUUGAAAGUGGCAAAAUGGGAGACAAAGAAUUGACAACAGAUGUAGAGGACAGCAUGGAAAUUUUACUUCAUUCAUUUGUUUAACAAAUUUAUUCAGCAAAACUUUGUUGAAUACCUACCGUUGCUAGGUAUUGUCCUAGGCAACAGAACACAGCAGUGAACAAUACAGACAAAAAUCUCCUGCCCAUGUACAACUACAGCUGAUGAUGUCUUCCAGUUUCAAUAUAUAUAGAGUUGGCAUCUCUUUUGUCAUGAUGUGCAUUUUUUAUAAGUCAGCAGUAGACUCUCUAUCAGAACUGAGCCCACAGAAAUACUUCAGUACAUUGCAACCGGGAAAAGCCUCCUUAGCUUAUUUUUGUCAAGCCGAUUCUCCAAGAACUUCCAUAUUUCUUGAAGAACUGAAUGAGGCUGUUAAACCUCUCCAGGACUUUGGAAUUUCAGUUGCAAAGGUUAAUUGUGUCAAAGAAGAAACAUCAAGAUACUGUGGAAAAGAAAAGGAUUUGAUGAAAGUGUAUUUAUUCAGGGGCAACAUCUUACUGAGAGAAUUCCCUACUGAUACCUUGUUUGACGUGAAUGCCAUCAUUGCUCAUGUUCUCUUUGCUCUUCUUUUUAAUGAAGUAAAAUAUAUUACCACCCUGGAAUACCUACAGAACAUAGAAAAUUCUCUGAAAGGAAAAGCAAACAUUGCAUUCUCAUAUGUAAGAGCCAUCGGAACACCAGAGCAUAGAGCGGUCAUGGAAGCUGCUUUUGUGUAUGGGACCACGUACCAGUUUGUCCUGACCACGGAAAUUGCCCUUUUGGAAAGUAUUGGCACUGAGGCCAUAGAAAAUGCACAUUUCUACUUUUUUCAUUGUAAACAAGUCUUGGAUUUGACCCAGCAAUGUAGAAGAACACUGAUGGAACAGCCACUGGCUACACUAAACAUUCAUCGAUUUAUUAAGACAAUGGAAGCACCUCUGCUGACUGAAGUUGCUGAAGACCCUCAACAGGUUUCAACCGUUCAUCUGCAACUAGGAUUACCACUGGUUUUUAUUGUUAGUCAGCAAGCGACACAUGAAGCUGACAGAAGAACUGCAGAAUGGGUUGCUUGGCGUCUUCUGGGGAAAGCGGGAGUUCUACUCUUGUUAAGGGACUCUUUGGAAGUGGACAUUCCUCAACAUGCUAAUGUGGUCUUCAGAAGAGCAGAAGAGGGAGCGCCGGUGGAAUUUUUGGUGUUACAUGAUACUGAAUUAAUAAUAUCCCGUGUGGAAGGUAAUACACACAUUGAAGAAAUGCAAGAAGAUGAAGAUGAGGACGUGCAAAGUCCAGAUAUGGAUAUUCAAGAUGAUGAAGUGGCAGAAACUGUUUACAGACAUAGGAAGACACAGUUACCUUUGGAACUCACAGUGGAACUAACAGAAGAGACAUUUAAUGCGACAGUAGUGGCUUCUGACAGCAUAGUGCUUUUCUACGCUGGUUGGCAGGCAGUAUCCAUGGCAUUUCUGCAAUCCUAUAUCGAUUUGGCAAUUAAAUUGAAAGGCACAUCCACUAUGCUGCUUACUAGAGUGAACUGUGCAGAUUGGUCUGAUUUAUGUACUAAGCAAAAUGUUACUGAAUUUCCAGUUGUAAAGAUGUACAAGGAAGGCAAGCACCCAGUAUCUUAUGCUGGUAUGUUAGGAACUGAAGAUCUCCUAAAAUUUAUCCUGCUCAACAGGAUUUCAUGCCCAGUGAACAUAACAUCUGUGCAGGAAGCAGAAGAAUAUUUAAGUGGGGAAUUAUAUAAAGACCUGAUCCCUUACUCUAGUAUGUCUGUGCUGGGACUAUUUAGCCCAAACAUGACCACAGCAAAAGAAGAUUUCACCAAAGCGGGAAACUACCUAAGAGGAUGUGUUAUCACUGGAAUUUAUUCUGAAGAAGAUGUUUUGAUACUGUCAAAUAAAUAUGGGGCAACACUUCCAGCUCUGCUGCUGGCCAGACACAAAGAGGGCAAAGUAGAGAGCGUUCCAUUCGCUAACUCCCGUGUGCAAGACAUAGUUCAAAUAGUGACAAAUGCAUUACUGGAGACAUUUCCAGAAAUAACUGUGGAAAACCUUCCCGUUUAUUUAAGACUUCAGAAACCAUUACUUAUUUUAUUCAGUGAUGGCAGCAUAAAUCCUCAGUAUACAAAAGCAAUAUUGACGCUGGUAAAAGAGAAACACUUGGAUUCACUUACCCCUUGCUGGUUAAAUCUAAAGAAUACUCCUGCGGGAAGAGGAAUCCUACAGACAUACUUUAAUGCUCUGCCUCCCCUUCCUCUUAUUGUUGUGGUGAAUCUGCAUUCAGGUGGCCAGGUAUUUGCAUUUCCUUCAGAACAGGCAGUCACCGAACAAAACCUUUUACUGUGGCUUAAGAAGUUAGAAGCAGGACUUGAGAGUCCUAUCAAGUGGCUGCACCAGCUUGCAUUCCCACCAACAAUACAAAAGAGAUCCUCUCUCCACAUCCUCGCCAACAUCUAUUGUUGCCUGAGUUGUUCAUGUGAGCCAUUCUGACAGGUGUAAGGUGGUAUCUCCUUGUGGUUUUCCUUUGUAUUUCCCUGGUGAUGAGUGAUGUUGAGCAUUUUUUCAUGUGUCGGUUGGCCAUCUGGAUGUUUUCCUUGGAGAAGUGUCUGUUCAUGUCUUUUGCCCAUUUCUUCACUGGAUUAUUUGUUUUUUGGGUGUUGAGUUUGAUAAGUUCUUUAUAGAUUCUGGAUACUAACCCUUUAUCUGAAAUGUCAUUUGCAAAUAGCUUCUCCCAUUCUGUCAGUUGCCUUUUAGUUUUGCUGAUCGUUUCCUUCGCUUUUAAUAAAAAGCAGAAGCUUUUUAUUUUGAUGAGGUCCCAGUAGUUCAUUUUUGCUUUUGUUUCCCUUGCCUCCGGAGACGUAUUGAGUAAGAAGUUGCUGCAGCCAAGAUCAAAGAGGUUUUUGCCUGCUUUCUCCUCAAGGAUUUUGAUGGCUUCCUGUCUUACAUUGAGGUCUUUCAUCCACUUUGAGUUUAUUUUUGUGUAGGUGUAAGAAAGUUGUCCAGGUUCAUUCUUUUGCAUGUUGCUGUCCAGUUUUCCCAGCACCACUGUCUUUAUUCCAUUGGAUAUUCUUUCCUGCUUUGUAAAAGAUUAUUUGGCCAUACAUUUGUGAGUCCAUUUCUAGGUUCUCUAUUCUGUUCCAUUGAUCUGAGUGUCUGUUCUUGUGCCAUCCAUUUAAAUUUUUUGAGAUGUUUUCCAAUGUUUUCCACAUUGGCUGAACCAGUUUACAUUCCCACCAAUACUCCACAAGGGUUCUUUUUUUUCCACAUGCUCACCAACAUGGAUGGACUUAAAGGGUAUUGCACUAAGGGAAAUAAGUCAGAGAAAGACAAAUACCAUAUGAUUCCACUUCUAUGUGGAAUCUGAAGAACAAAACUAAUGAACAAGGAAAAAGCCUAGACGUAUAACUACAGAGAACAAACUGAUGGUUGCCUGAGAGGAAGGGUAAAGGGGGGAUGGGAAAAAAUAGGUGAAGGUAAGUGGGAGAUACAGGCUUCCAGCUAUGGAAUGAAUAAGUCAUGGGGAUGGAAAGGUAUAGCAUAGGGAAUAUAGUCAAUGCUAUUUUAAUGGAAUUACGUGGUGAGAGAUGGUAACUAUACUUAUGGUGAGUGUAGCAUAACAUAAAAAUUUAUUGAAUCAAUAUGUUACACACCUGAACGUAAUGUAACUGUGUGUGUCAAAUACACUGAAAUUUAAGAAAAAAAAGUUUCAAAAACGAAAUGCUUUAAAAUGUAAAGGAAUACUUGUCUAAACAAUAAAUGUGUUUGUUCCAAAAAAAAAUUUCUGUAAUGAUUCAUAAGAAAUAGUUGCAAGGGAACUUCUUGGGAAAAUGACAAGAAGAAGAUCCUAAAUUUACCUCAUUCCAUGGAUACAACUAGAUAACACCCACAUCAAUGUAAAAACCCAGAAAAUGACUAAAAAACUGUCAGAAUAGACUCUUCACAGCUAAUUGUAGACAAGGGGCGGCAAAGAAGGUAUAAAGGGCAGAGACAUGGUGGGGAGCUAAAGAGACCCACAAGACUAUCCUCAGGAGAGAGAGACCCUGCAGGCUCACAGAGGAAAGAGAAACAGACCGUCACACAAAACACUACAGUCAUGGGAAACCCACAUGGGGAAGACAAACCCCCACAUUUUGGCUUUGAAAACCAGAGAAGCCUAAUUUUAUAAGUUCUUACAACCAGCAGGGCUUAACACUUAGAAUGUUAAAAUUUAGUGGGUUCUCUGGGAGAACUUGGAGGGUGGAGUCCCCACCCUUAAAGAGCAUAAUAAACAGCCAAACAGAGAUACAGAAUAUAAGAAGCAGUUUGAAAAACACUUGGGGUAUAUCAGAAGGAGAUUUAUUUACUAAUCUCAGUGUGUGCUGGGGGUGGCAGGGAUCUCUAGGAGACUUCUCUAGGAAGCAAAAGGAGCUGGCAGGCACCACUUCCCUCCCCUGCCCGCCCCCCAGCCUAGAUACAUGACACCUGGGGGAACAGCUCAGUGCCAACACUCUCCACCUAACUUACUAAUCCUCCUUUGCAUUCUCCAGUGGACAUGCCCCUCCAAUAUGCCUUUGGCUGGAGCCUAUCCAAAGUGGUGCCACAAGCAUGGCAGUGUACCAGCAGCUGUGUCAGGGACCAGCACCACUUCAAAGUGGUCCAGCUGGUCUUGGAGAGAGAAGAAGAUAACCACAAACACCAGUCCAAAUGCAGCCCCAGCAGUGGGCUGGGGGAAACCAGUUGGUCAGACUGCAGGCCCCACCCACCAAUAGAAGCUCCUCAGGGGACAACACAGGGAAAGUGCCCUGUGCUACUGCAUCUCUGGCAAAUACCUGUUCUGGCUCAGCUGAAGCCCAAGGUGGCCCCAGACUGGCCCACUAACAACACAGGGAUUGCCCUGUCCACAGCAAGCAGAGUCAUUGCAGACAACUGCACUGAAGCAAAAGUGGCUCAACUACAAUAGUCAGGCACAACAACAACAUUCAUGAAGCACCAGGUUCUGGUGAACAGGGGACCCUGGAAUCCAGGGCACUACAGUACCUCUUCUUCACAAGGCCACUAUUUUCAAAAGCAGGAGACAUACCUGACUUUCCUAACACAAUGAAACAGAGUUCAAAAAAAUGAGACAGAAGAAUAUGUCCCAAAUGAAAGAACAGAACAAAAAUCACAGCAAGAGAGCUAAACAAAGUGGAAAUAAGUCAUAUGCCUCACAGAGAAUUUAAAGUAAUGGUCAUAAAGAUACUUGCUAGACUUGAGAAAAGAGUGGAGGACCUCAGUGAGACCUUUAACAAAGAUCUACAAAACAAAAAAGAAUCAAUCAGAGAUUAACUCAAUAGCAAAGUAAAAAUACACUAGAUGGAAUAAACAGAAGACUAGAAGAAGCAGAAGAAUGGAUUGGCAACUUGCAGGAAAGCAAUUAAGCUGAAAGAAAAAAUAAUGAAAAAUGAAAAUAGACAUAAGGAACUCAGUGACACCAUCAAGUGUAAUAACAUUUGCAUUAUAGGGAUCUCAGAAAGAAAAGAGAGAGAAAAGCAGGCAGAAAAUCUAUGUGAAGAAAUAACAGCUGAAAACUUCCCAAACCUGGGAAAAGAAACAAAUCUAGAUCCAGGAGGCACAGAGAGCCCCCAACAAAAUCAACCUAAGGAGGUCUGCACCAAGACAUGUAAUUAAAAUGGCAAAAAGUACUGGUUGAGAAUUUUAAAAGCAACAAGAGAAAAGAAAACAGUUACUACAAGGGAAAUCCCAUAAGGCUGUCAGAUUUUUCAGCAGGAAUUUUGCAGGCUGCAAGAGAGUGGCAUGAUAUAUUCAAAGUGCUGAAAGGAAAAUAUCUGGUGCCAAGAAUAUCUAGUGAAGCUGUCAUUUAGAGUAGAAUGAGAGGGGGUGCCUGGGUGGCUCAGUCAGUUAAGCACCGACUUCAGCUUGGGUCAUGAUCUCACGGUUUGUGGGUUCAAGUCCCACCUCGGGCUCUGUGCUGAGAGCUCAGAGCCUAGAGCCUACUUCAGAUUCUGUCUCCCUCUCUCUCUGCCCCUCCUCCACUCACCGUCUCUUUCUGUCUCUCAAAAAAAUGAAUAAAAACGUUAAAACGUAUUUUUAGAAUAGAAGGAGAGUUUCCCAGACAAACAAAAGUUAAAAGAAUUUGUGACCAUUAAAAUAGCCCUAUGAAAUAUAUUAAACAGGACUCUUUGGGUGGAAAGGAAAGCCCAUGAGCAGGAGUAAGAAAAGUAGGAAGCACAAAAGCAGUAAAAUUAAGUUUAUAUGUAAAAAUCAGGAGAUUCACAAAAUAAAAGGAUGUGAAGUAUGACAUCAUAUAUUUAAAACAUGGGUGGGGAAGAGUAAAGGAUGGGUUCAACUAAAUAUAGACUUAAUAUAGACUACUAUAUGCAUAAGAUGUUACAUAUAUAUACCUAAUGGUAACAACAAGUCAAACACUAGUAACAGAUAUGCAAAAAAAGAGAGACAGAGACAGAGAGAGAAGGGAAUCCAAGUAUAUCACUAAAGAAACCCAGUAAAUCAUGAGAGAAUAAAGCAAGAGAAUAAAGGAACAAAGAACUACUAAAACAACCAUAAAACAAGUAUCAGAUGGCAAUAAAUGCAACCUAUGAAUAAUUACCUUGAAUGUAAAUGGACUAAAUGCUACAUUCAAAAAGACAGAGUGAGGGAAUGGAUUAAAAAAAGCAAGACCCCAUCUAUAUGCUACCUAUAAGAGACUCAUUUCAAACCUAAAGACACAUGGAGAUUGAAAGUGAACUGACAGAAAAGCAUUUAUCAUGCAAAUAGAAGUGAAAAGAAAGCGAGGGUAGCAAUAGGCAUAUAAUACAAAAUAGACUUUAAAACAGAUUAUAACAACAGACCAAAAAAAGGACACUAUAUAUUCAUAAAAAAAACAAUCCAAGAAGAUAUAAACAAUGAUAAAUAUUUAUACAUCAACAUGGGAGCACCCAAAUACAUAAAGCAGCUAGUAACAAACAUAAAGGAAGUAAUUGAGAGUAAUACAAUAAUAGUAGGGAACUUUAACACCUCACUUACAUCAAUGGAUAGAUCACCCAAACAGAAAAUCAACAAGGAAACAUUGGCUUUGGAUGACACAUUGGACCAGAUGGAUCUAACAGAUAUUCAGAACAUUCUAUCCUAAAACAGCAGAAUUCACAUUCUCUUCAAGUGCACAUGAAACAUUCUCCAGAAUAGAGCACAUAUUAGGCCACACAACAAGUC